GUUAGUCAAGUUCAAGCGAUUCGAGCGUUCUGACCGCUUACGUCGCAGUUGGGGAAUUGUUUCUUUACGUGUUCCCCACUGUUCACAAAACUGCCGAGAGUGCCGAGUGACUUGGAGAUCCAACACGAUCCAGUGAUCUACGUGUCCCCCGCAGUAACGUUUCGCGCUAUAAGCGCAUUUCUUCCGUGCGAUCGUAAGACCGCCGCGCGCCGUGCUACAUGCGGGCUUAUAGCGUAUAUCGUGUGAAUUUGGAUAAUCUGUCAAAAUAGGUACGCCAGGAUACAUUAGCUUCCGUAUUUCGUGAACGAUGCUACGAGUUAGAGACGAUUCACUGAUUAAAAAUUCAACAACAGGCUUUUCGCUUAACCUUUUAUUGUAUCUCAGUGCCGAAUUUCUAAUUGGAGCUGUCAUCGCUAGUUUCUUAGCCAUCCUCAAUGUCAUAAAGUCUUUUCUGCCAAAGCCACCAAGAGAUUUAACUGGCGAUGUAGUUUUAAUUGCUGGGGCCUCGUCGACCUUCGGCGAGUCUCUCGCCGAGGAAUUCGCGAGGGGUGGAUGUUCUGUGAUCUGCGUGGAUAACGACUUUAGAUCCGUGGAGGAGAUAACUGCAAGGUUAAAAUCGCGGUGUAAUAAAGUGAAGGGAAUCGGGCCUGACCAUAGAGAACGCCAACAGGAGAAUGUAGGGCCCACAAUGGCAGCGUACGGAUGUGACUUGUUGGACCGUAAUGCCAUACGUGAGAUCGCCAAGAAGAUCGAGGAUGAGGUCGGUGGCGUUGACGUCCUAGUGACCUGCGUUGGUCAGCCUUAUCAAGACAUCUUCGAUACAGCCAGUACAACUCUCAUGAGCCAUUAUUGGAUAGUGUUGGCAUUUCUGCCAUUUAUGCUGCAACGCGAUAGAGCGCACAUUGUCGGAAUCAUGCCAGUUACAUCCACCCAGGAUGUAUAUUUGAGCUCGAGGAUAGCAAUCGCCGGUAUGAUGGAAACUUUGGGUCAAGAAUUGAGUAACCGUAAUAAUCAACUUACCUUCCUCACGGUUUCACCGACGAUAGCACGCAGCUCGACAAGACAAGAAGAACAAAAAAUGGCCCAGGAUGUUGUAGAAGCGGUCAGAAGAGACCAGUGCAGUAUUAGCAUGAAUUGGUGCUCGAAGAUGAUCUAUCAAAUAAGUUGUGCGAUCCAUAGCGCAAUAACGACGGUCUCACAAUGGCUUCACACGCAGGGAUGCGAUUAUUUCUUUUAAAUCCUGUUCUUGCUCAUGAAGCGUGAAGCAUUCCAGCCAGCCACCGACUG